GAUCCCCUGUAUUUCCAGACUGGUGGCUGGAGUCGCUGUGCCAGUGUUUGACACGUAUCCAUCUGUUUACGUGUCCACAAACACCCCGUCCACCCGGUCCAGACCCGGUCCAGACUGUCCGGCCUAAGGGCACACCGCUGCUGAACACCUGGGCAGAGCUGCAUACCUGUACAGCAUGGAGAGAGGCUCGUGCGAGACAGCAGCAGCAGCACCAGGUGCUCCAUAUGUGGAGAAGUCCAAAAAGAAGAGACGCAAUAAUGCAGAUAAAUCAGCAGAGUCCAGCCGGGCUGUGAGCAGGAUGCAGCGUCUGUUCGGGUUUGAGUUGGCGGACCUGUCCUCAUGGCACCGGUUCGUGUGCCUCCUCAACCGGCCCAUGGAUCCAGCAUCACUGGGCAUCUUCCGCUUCCUGUUUGGUAUGCUGAUGGCUCUGGACAUCACUCAGGAGCGUGGGCUGAGUCACCUGGACUAUAAGUACCUGGACGGUACGCCCGUCUGUCGCUUCCCACUCUUUAACUUCCUGGAGCCGCUGCCCAUGGACUGGAUGUACUUUGUCUAUCUGGUGAUGUUUCUAGGUGCUGUUGGCAUCAUGCUGGGCUGUUUUUACCGCCUCGCCUGCCUGAUGUUCAUCUCCACCUACUGGUACGUUUUCUUCCUGGAUAAAACGGCCUGGAAUAAUCACUCGUACCUCUACGGCCUGAUCGGCUUCCAGCUCACGCUGAUGGACGCCAACAGAUACUGGUCGGUUGAUGGACUCCGUAACCCUAAGAAAAGGAACGCCCAUGUUCCUCUGUGGAAUUACACACUGCUCCGGACACAGAUCUUUUUAGUGUACUUCAUUGCUGGAGUGAAGAAGCUGGAUGCUGAUUGGGUGGAGGGGUAUUCCAUGAAAUAUCUGGCUCAUCAUUGGCUGUUUGACCCUUUCAGGCUGCUGCUGCCCGUGGAGCUGAUCAGUCUGAUGGUGGUUCAUGGUGGGGGUCUGAUCCUGGACCUGUCGGCGGGGUAUCUGCUGUUUUUUGAUGCCACCCGCCCCGUCGCCUUCUUCUUCGUCAGCUACUUUCACUGCAUGAACUCGCAGCUCUUCAGCAUCGGGAUGUUCGCCUACACCAUGCUGGCCACCAGCCCUCUGUUCUGCUACACCGACUGGCCCCGGCGCUUUUUCGGGUAUUUCCCGGAGUUCCUACGCCCAGUCCUGCCCCUGGUGUCGCCCCCCUCUCGCCCCAGCUCCUCCUGCGUGUACCCAACCCCGUCCACCGGCUCCAUCCAACAGCAGGACAGCCCUGCCUCUCCCAAACCCUCCAAACCUCGCUUCAGACACAAGCUGGCGGCCGUCUUCACCAUCAUCUACAUCACAGAGCAGCUAUUCCUGCCCUACUCCCACUUCAUCACACAGGGCUACAAUAACUGGACUAAUGGUCUGUAUGGUUACUCGUGGGAUAUGAUGGUGCACUCUCGUUCUCACCAGCACGUUAAAAUCACCUAUAGAGACGGAGUAACGGGAGAGAUCGGAUACCUGAACCCCGGGGUGUUCACUCAGAGUAAGAGGUGGAAGGAUCACGGGGACAUGCUGAAGCAGUACGCCACCUGCCUGAGCCACACCCUCCCCCGCUUCAACAUCUCCGACCCCCAGAUCUACUUCGAUAUCUGGGUUUCUAUUAACGAUCGAUUCCAGCAGAGGAUAUUUGAUCCUCGUGUUGAUAUCGUGAAGGCGGACUGGUCUCCGUUCCGGCCGAACCCCUGGCUCAUGCCUCUGCUGGUGGAUCUCUCUCCCUGGAGGACGAAGUUUGAUGAAAUUGAGGGAACUUUAGACAACCAGACUGAGGUGGUUUUCAUCGCUGACUUUCCAGGUCUGCACCUGGAGAACUACGUGAGUGAGGAUCUGGGGAACACCAGUGUUCAGGUGCUGCAGGGUGAGCUGAAGGUGGAGAUCGUGGAGGAGAAGAGGAACUAUUCGCUCGCUCCAGGAGAGAGGAUGCAGCUGCCUGCUGGAGCGUAUCAUAGGGUAUACACUGUGUCUGGUGCUCCGUCGUGCUACAUGUAUAUCUAUGUGAACACCACGGAGGCGGCGCUGCAGAAGAACUUCACCAUGCUGCUGGAGCUUCAGGAGAAAGUGCGGAACGGAACGGAAACAGAGCCUCUGCCUCCCGAGCUGCAGCCCCUCAUAACCGGCCUCGGGGAUGAGGGGACGGAGGUGAACGCCACCGACCCGGUCCUGCGGCUCUUCCUGAAGCGUCAGAAGCGUCUGGAGGAGAAGAAGAAGCGGCGAGAGGCUCCUGUUCUCGAGCGACUCGACCGAUUCCUCAGCAAAAAAUACUACAUGAUUCGACGAGGGUUUCUGAUGACGGCCAUUGCCAUGCGGAACCUGGCGGUGGGUUUGCCCCCUCUGGAGCAGCUGAAGAGGGAGGUGGACUUUGCCAACAUGAAACCACCUGAAGAAGACGCCAACCAGAACGAGCAGCUCAAAGACGAGACCGCUCACGCCGAGCUCUGAGCUCUGAGCUCCGAGAACCAGAACCACCACCACAGCCUGCUGCCUGCUCUGAUCCCACACGCUUACAGAUACAGCAGCUGAACUGGGUUCAGUGGACUGGACUGAUGUUCUUGGAAAAAUCAGAUAAUUAUAAAUAUCUCUAGGGAACAGAUUUGUUUUAAUUUUUUUAUUUUUGUUAUACAGGUCUGGAAAAAUAAUAGACCACUUCAGUUUCUGAAUCAGUUUCUCUGAUUUUGCUAUUUAUAAGUUUAUGUUUAAGUAAAAUGAACAUUGUUGUUUUAUUCUAUAAACUACAGACAACAUUUCUCCCAAAUUCCAAAUAAAAUAGUCAUUCAGAGAAUUUAUUUGCAGAAAAUGAGAAAUAACCCUGUUUUUUAUUUAUCACAGUUUUUAUGCAUCUUGGCAUCAUGUUCUCCUCCACCAGUCUUACACACUGCUUUUGGAUAACUUUAUGCCUUUACUCCUGGUGCAAAAAUUUAAGCAGUUCAGUUUGGUUUGUUGGCUUGUGAUCAUCCAUCUUCCUCUUGAUUAUAUUCCAGAGGUUUUCAAUUUGGUAAAAUCAAAGAAACUCAUCAAAUUUAAGUGGUCUCUUAAUUUUUUUCAGAGCAGUUGAACCUUUUAAAAGUGCUGGAGCUACGGACCAAACCGCUCUCAGAACUUUCUGGAUAGUUAGAUAGGUAGCGAAAGACUGUACUGUUGUGAUUAGUUUACUAAAAAAAUGUUUUAAGUUUACAUUCAAAUUGUAAAGUAAAUCAGUCCGAAUUUCCAUAUGAAAUGUGAUUUAUAGUUUAUUGUUCCUGAAGUAAAAUCAGGUUUGUGUUACUGAGCUUUAAAUUUCUCUAAACAUGUUUAAACAUGAGAAAGUCACGGUUGUCGCAGCCUGCAGCAAACAAAAAUGUUCCAAACUUAAUAUGAUCUGUUUUAUGUACAUUUUUCUAGUUUAGAAUUCACUGAAUGUUAAAUGGAAAUGUAACCGAUUUUCCUCAAAAUUCUCCAUAAUUCAGUGAUUUAAGAUGUUAACAGUUAAACAGAGUGUGUGUAUAAAGUGUGAAAGUGGAGUUAAUUGUAUAGAAACUUUAUUUUAACAGCACCUAGUUUAAUAUACUAUAUAUUGCCAAAAGUAUUCGCCCACCCAUCCUAAUCACUGAACUCAGGUUCUCCAAUGAAUUCCAUGUCCACAGCUGUGUAAUAAAAGCACCAGCUAGUCAUGCAGACUGCUGCUACAAACAUUAGUGAAAGUGUCUUGGGUGUGUCUCGGGUCAUUGUCAUGCUGGAAGACCCAACCACAACCCAUUUUCAGUGCUCUUACUGAGGAAAGAAGAAGGUCCAAGAUCCAAACACCACCUUGAAAACUUUCAAUGGAAGUCAAUGUAAAAAGAGUUUAUUUCAGGUCAUUUUGAAGAGUUUCUAUUGGUCCGUUCAUCAAGAAAUUUUAACACAGUGUGAGGGACAGUUUGUCUGUUUAAAUUAUGUAGUAAACUAAAAAUCAAAAGAAAUGGAGAUAAGUGUUUUUCAUUGGACAGGGACGAUAUAAAAUAGAUCAUUGUUUGGAACAUUUCUGUUUUUACUGCAGGUUAAGAGAUAUCAGCAACUUUUUAAAAAAUCCUACAGAUCAAAAACGUCUCACAGGAGACCCACAGCUUCUGAGACCUGCUGUUUAGAGCAUUAGGACUGUUACACACUAUGCAAAAUGUGAAACGAGGUGAUGAGUUUGUAUUAUUGGAGGGAUCCGUACGCCUGUAAGUGAGAUUGUGCUGCUGUAAAUUCUUUUAAUUUGCGAGUUAAGAACCGAGCCGAACUGCGGUUCAGUUUUACAGCUGGGCAUUUUAAGUAUUAAAUAAUCAUAAGCUUCCAUACGUCUGGAAUGGAGAGAAUAUGAGCACUACAUUUACUAAAAAACAAUUUUCUUUUUUUUUUGUACUUCAUUUUUUUUUGUAAUUAAAAAACAGUGAACACUU